UUUGAGUGCAGAAAAAAAGAAAAAGAGAGACAAAAAAUGGUGACGAUGCAGUGGUGCGGCGCCGUAGUGCGGCGAGUGCUGGCGACUCACAGACGACCUCCGUUCAUGUCGUUUUCUUCGUCUUCGUCGUCGUUUUCCGGUACGACGGCGCCGGUGCCGGCAUCAGCUUCUGCCGGCGGAAUAGGGGAGGCGAUGGUGUGCGGGAGAGGGGACAAGAGGACGAAGAGAGGGAAGAGGUUCAAGGGAUCGUACGGAAACUGCAGGCCCAAGAAGGAGAAGAAGAUCGAGCGCAUUAAGGAUAAGGUCGAGGUCCCCAGGUCCACUCCUUGGCCUCUUCCUUUCAAGCUCAUCUGAUUCCCUCUCUCUCUCUCUGUUUUUUGUGUGUGUGUGUGUGUGUGUGUGUGUGUGUGUGUGUGUGUUUUAUGGAUAUUCGAUCAAGAUAUAUACACUACAAGUUGGGUUUAUGAAGAAUGAGUAGUUUACUAUGAAGUCUGUUUUUUUUUUUUUUUUUUUCUUUUUCUGCAUUGUGAUUUUUUUCGGGGGUUUAUGUUGCUAGGGUUUUGGUUCAGGAUUUUGAGCAUGCUUUGCUUUUUUGACUGCUUAAGAGCAAAUGUAGGAUGACAAUAAUUAUUAAAAAGUAUG